AUGCCGCCGCCGGAAUCCGACCCAGCGGGCGACGGCACCAGCGCAGAAUCGCGCAUAGCUAUCAUUGGCGCCGCAGCGACGGGUAGCGAGCUGCUCGAAAUCGAGCGGUACUCGCACACCAGGGAUCUGCUCCCCACCGGCCAUGCUGUCAUCCUCCCCCCUUUCAGCGUCGGGGGCCACUCCUGGCGGCUCGCGUACUACCCCAACAACGAGAUAAACGAGUUCGCCGACUUCAUAACCAUCUCCAUCUUGCACCUGCAAGAGCUCGGCCCCAGAUCCGCGGCUUCUGCGGUCGUCCGCGCGCGGGUCACGCUCAGCUUGCUCGACCAGGCCGGGGAACCGGUCCCGUCGCGGAUACAAACUACAUGGAUGCAUGAUUUCUCCGAAAUUCCUGGCAUCUCCUUCCAUGAUUUCAUCAACAGGGCCUGGCUGGAGGAAUCUGAUUAUUAUUUGCCAUAUUUACUUCGUUGA